AUGUUAGUUGUACCAAAUAUAAUUGGAGGUGAAGAAAAUCAUAAGAAUGAAAAAUUUCCCGUUUACGAUUAUAAAGAUCAUGAUAAUAUAAUUCAUCAUUUUUCAGCAUUUGAAGUUAAUGAGGGAAAUCUUAGAGAAAUUACUGAAAUUUCAAAACAAGGGUUCAAGGAAUGGGGUUCAAUUUCAUAUAAAAAAAAAUGGGAAAUAUUCAGCAGAAUUCAAGAAAUAUUAAAAGAAAGAAGACAUUUAUUUAUUGAUGCUCAUGUUGAAAUUGGAGGUCCAAAAUGGUUUGCAGAAUAUAAUAUUGAUAAUAUCACUAAUCAAAUUCAAGAAUAUAUGUCACAAUUAUCUAAUCCAGAUGGUGAAGUUUGUAAAAGUGAAUCUGCAGAAUUGGCGUUAGCUGUAAGACAACCAAUUGGUCCAGUAUUAGCAAUGUCACCUUGGAAUGCUCCUGUUUUAUUAGGUGGUAGAUCUGUUUUAGCUCCAUUAGCUGCUGGUUGUUCAGUAAUUGCAAAAUCUUCAGAAAGAGCACCAUAUGUUUUAUAUUUAUUAAUUAAAGCAUUUUUAGAUGGUGGUAUUCCAAAAAAUGCAUUACAAAUGGUUAAUAUUAAACCAGAAGAUAGUGCUAAAUUUACUGAUGAAAUAAUGAAAACUGGAGCAAUUAAGAAAUUAAACUUUACUGGCUCAACAAAUGUUGGUAAAGCAAUUGCUUCUACUGCAGGUAAAUACUUAGUACCAUGUUUAUUAGAAUUAGGUGGUAAAAAUAUUGCAAUUGUUUUAAAAGAUGCCGAUUUGACAAAAGCUGCUGAAACAAUAGUAGGAAGUGCUGUAGCUCAUAAAGGACAAAUUUGUAUGAGUGUUGACAUAGCAUAUAUUGAUGAAUCAGUGUAUGAUAAAUUUAAAGUUGAAAUAAAAAAAGUCGCUGAAAACCAUAAAGAUGAUGACUUAAAUCAAAGGGAUAAAUUAGGUAGAAAUAAAGUUGUUUCACUAAUUGAAGACGCUUUAGAUAAAGGUGCUGAUUUAGUUUAUGGUGAUUUUAAUAAGAAAGAAAUUGAAAAAACAAAUGUUAUUGAACCAUUUAUUUUUGAAAAUGUAACACCAGAAAUGAAAUUAUAUUCAGAAGAGAGUUUUGGUCCACUAUUCACAAUUGAGAAAUUCUCAAAUGUUGAAGAAGUCGUUGCACAAUUCAAUGAAACUGAAUUUGGAUUGAAAGCAUCUAUUUGGUCAAAAAAUCCACUUGGUGCUCUUUCUUUGGCAAAGAAGAUUGAAGCGGGUGGUGUCCAUAUCAAUGGAAGUAAUAUCCACGACGAACCACUGGUAUGUAUUAAUCGUGACGCUGGUUGCGUCAAAAUCAAAAUCAAAAUACUAACAUGUGAAAUAGUUACCACACGGAGGUGUUAAAGGAUCUGGAACUCAGAGAUUCAAUAGUAAAUGGGGAGUUGAUUCAUUCUCCUUUAUACAAACGAUAACAAUGAAUCUGUAG